UAAUUUCUAAAUCCAAGCAGUUGUUCCUAGCGCCCAGCGCUUGCGUCGUCUCUGCUUUCCCGGACCAUGACGAGGCCAUCCGGCCGAUGGCUUCUCUUAUCACCAACGUCGUUGGCGUUCGCUGGACUGCCCCGGCCAACGACUUGAACGCACUUCUGCUUUUGCUCUGGAUUCUUGCAUUCAAUGGUUUUACUUGUGCCAGAGCACUAUGUCCCAGGCAAGACAGCACGGCGAUGUGCUUCAGCCACCGGCCCGCAGUAGAACUAGGCCCUAACGUUACAUUUAGUCAAGAAAACCCUGCACUGAUAUGUCCUCCAGGAUCGGCACCGUCCGCGUUUCGUGUAGACGCGACAUGGCCGCAACUAAUUCCUCCCGUCCGAAAUGUGUCGACCGGCAAUGGGAUGGAGAAGCAGCUACCGCCCACAGUUCUGGCUUUGGUACGUAACCAUCGGCGCCUUGCACCGACUGGAACUCAUUGCUCCGAACCCCUAGGACUGACUGCUGCACAAGAAGCUUUAGUGAUCAUCUUGACUGCUGCCAAUCUUAGCUACGCUGAUGAAUUGCACUUGUCUCAGGAACGGGUUGGUUUGGAGAUCCGUGACACAUGUACAUCAGCUCUUGCUACAUCGUAUCAAAUCAGUGAUGUUGCCCGGCAAGUCCAGUACACAUCGGAAGCUGCACAAGAGUUUGGUGUUGUUCGCCCCUGGAUAACGAUCGGACCUUCUCUGAGUGCCGAAGUCAUUGCAACUUCACCCCAGCUGUCUGCACAGCGGAUCACUCAUCUUUCACAUCGCGCUACCAGUAACACGUUUGAGGACAGGAACCGUUUCCCGUAUCUGCUGCGCACCGUGCCCUCGGAUCUGUAUCAGACCCGGGCAAUCGUGGAUCUGCUUGUGCACUUGCAGUGGACCUACAUAGGACUUGUGGGAUCUGGUGAUCCGUACGGUCUAGGUGGGGUGGACGGCCUGCGGAGCGAGGCAACUUCACGCAACGUCUGCAUUGGUCUGGAGGAGUCGUUCUCAGCCGGCACGGACGAUGUGGCCAUCCAACACAUCUUGAAUAUUGUGAGCGCCAUUGCGGGCGACGAGGAGAUGAAUGCCGUGGUUCUCUUUGCUCUGGAGGACGAUGCGAGGCAGUUUCUGUCGUGUCUCCUUGCUGCAAACAUCUCGCGCGAUUACACGAUCAUUGCGGGUGAGGACUGGGUCACGAGAAUCAACUUGCACGACCUCACGCCGAACCCCGUGUGUGUGAUGAACACCUCAACGAGCCUGACCCAGGAGCAGAAAGGCACGGCGCCGGUGCGAGUACCACAUGUUCUAGGCUUCUUCCCGUACACGAUGGGCCAUGAUUCUGCCAUCAACCAGCACGUUCUGGAGACACUGGGUCAGCAAGUUUCUCUCUUUAGCAAACGCCUGCCCUGGCUACAGGCUUACGUGGAGAGGCUGGCAAACUGUAGCUUGUACACCUCAGACACAUUUGGCUCAGGUGAUCGCAAGCAGCAUGACAGCGGCACAGUUGGUAAAGCGUGCAGUUGGCCCGGUCCCAAUACCUCCUUUCACCUGCGCCCGCUGUUCCUUCUUGUCAACACUGUCCUGGAAAGUGUGAACGUCACCGACCCGCUGGAUGUUCUCGCCAGAGUCCAGCAUCAGGAGGUGCCGUGUGAACCGGAGGUGGCCGACCUUCUACCCGAUGGCAUGCACCAUCUGGACGAUGACCAUAGGCCGUUGUGUAGAGUUUUCACUGAGAACGGCAGCACGUGGCCAAUAUACCACCUCAUCCACAUCAACCAGUUGGAUGAGAACGGGGAUGUGUUCCAGCCUGUCGGCUACUGGCAAGGUACCAGCCAAGUUUAUCCAAGGCUUGGGUUUCCGAACACUACCCUGGGUCAGUUUGCCUUGCCGGUGUCUCGCUGCUCCUCUGUGUGUCCCGCUGGCAGUAGAAGACAACACAGUACCAGUUUUGUCAUACCUUGUAACAAGGUAUGCUGGACUUGUGUGAGCUGUCCUGCUCAUUCUGUGAGUGCUGUAAACAGCGAUACCUGCGAGCCGUGUAUCAUGUCGUCCUCAAACUUGACCGUUCCGAACGGGAAUCGCACACGGUGUGUUGUGCCUUCUGCAAUCGUGUUCAAUUUCUCGUCGGUGUACGGCAUUGUUUCCGUGUGUGCCGUGUGUGUUGGCGUAGCUCUGUGCCUUCUGACCAUUGUUCUGUUCUGGACCAAUCGCUCCCAGAGCGUUGUGAAGACGUCAGACCUGCACCUGUCCCUGUUCAUCUUGUGCGGCUUCAUCUUAGCAUUGCUUUGCAUGCUGUUUGGAUUCUUCAACCCAAGUGCCACGAGUUGCUAUGCCCUUCGUGUGUUUGGAUCACCAUGGUUCAUAUUCAUUAUGGCCUCUAUGCUCUGCAAGGUAUCACGCAUAAAGCGGAUAUUCUCGAAGAGGUCCUUUCGCCAUGGCAGAGACCUUGGUGUGUACGCGUCAGUGCGGUUCCACGUGGCCGUAAUAUCUACUUUGACACUGCUCUGCUUUGUAAUUGGACUUGUUUUCACUCUCCUGGACCGGCCUGUUGUGCAUCACUACGUCAAGGACCAGGAGACGUGGUAUGAGUUCUGCCGCUAUCGUAGCAACCUUGUGGGCUUUGUCGGAGAUUACGUAAUUGCCACGUACCUGUGCCUGCUAAUGCUGAUUCUAUUCGUCAUGGCAUUCAAAUCACGUAACGUACCUGAGGAGUACAACGAGUCCUACCAUAUAUUCAUAUCGACGUUUGGCUCUUUGACAGCCACGUCCAGUCUAAUCAUCAUUUCAUUCAUUGACAGCGCCGAGUACGUCCUGAAUGUGGUGUUUGUUGCCUCUCUGCUCUCUAUGUUCUACAUGAACUGGCUUUGUGUGUUUGCACCGCGCAUCUAUCACCUGCUGGUGGAGCUCUAUGCCACGGAUAACCAGCAUGGUGGUGGUAGCGCACGGAACUCCUACGUGUCCAGUAUGCGCCCACGGACAUCUAGCCUGUCGUUACGUCUAGACAAAAGAACAUCAUUUCACCUUCGCCAGGUGGCGAGCACUACUUGCAGUGUUGUGCCUGUUUCCGUGGAGUACAUUGGUAGCUGUGAGAGUUCCCAGAGUACCAGUGGCUUGAUUGAGAGUCCAGCCAGUGGUACUAGUGCUAGUGAGUGGAGUUGUCCUGUGAAAGAGGCUGCUCUCAGUGACAAUAGCAGUGAUUCCGUGACCGAGGAGACGUCACUGUCUGCUGACGGGGCAGCAGAGAGAGGAUGAGAUGGCGAUAAAGUGCAGUGAUGGCGUUCAGAAAUGUUGCUUAUUCGACCACGUCAUAUGACAGUGUGCUCUUGGUCGAGCCUCUCUCUCUCUCUCAAUUUUCUCUUCUAAGUUUGGAUGCCAUUCAUCGUUCUAUUUCGUGACUUUGACAGGUUUGACCCUGCUUGAUCAGAUUCUUAUGAUAAUAUAAUUAUUAUGAUCUCUCAGUUCAACAUACAGUACAACACAUGUAGGUGUAGGUGAUGACACCUGAAUUAUUUUGUCACCAACUGCUUUAUCAUAGACCUCAUUGUCACAGUACGUGUACAUGUGUUGUGCAGCUGCCU